GUUCCUAGCCCUGUACCGCGGAUUAGUUCCUAAAAUCCUCCGUCUUGGUCCUGGAGGCGCUAUCAUGCUGGUCAUUUACGAGCAGGUCUCCGAGUACCUCACCCACAGGUUCAUGUAGAACUAGGUGUCCGAGUACCUCAGGUUCAUGUGGAACUAGGUGUCUAAGUACCUAAUGUGAGUACCUCACCUCAGGAACAUGUACAACUAGGUUUUAUAGUACCUCAGGUUCAUGUUGAGAUAGUUUUACAAGGACCUCACCUUUAGGUACAUGUAGAACGUCCGAGUACCACAGGCUCAUGUAGUCCGGCAACGUCUUUCUGCCUAAGUACCUCAAAUUAAUGUAAAAAGGGUUCUAAGUUCAUCUGGUUCAUGACGGAAAAGGUGUCUGAGUACCUCAGGUUCAUGUAGUACAAUGUGUCCGAGUGCUUCAGGUUCGUAUAGUACAAGGUAUCCGAGUACCUCAGGUUCAUCUAGUACAAGGUGUUUCAGAACCUCAGGUUAAUGUAGUAAAAUGUGCUUUAGGUUCAUGUAGUGCAAGGUACCUGAGUACCUAAGGUUCAUGUAAUACAAGGUGCCUGAGUACCUCAGGUUCAUGUAGCACAAUGUGUCUGAGUACCUCAGGUUCAUGAAGUACAAGGUGUCUGAGUACCUCAAGUUCAUGUAGUACAAGGUGUCUUGAGUGCUUCAGGUUUAUGUAGUACAAGGUGUCUGAGUACCUCAGGUUCCCGUAGUACAAGUUGUCUUAUUACCUCAGGUUCAUGACGUAUAAGGUGUCUGAGUACCUCAGGUCCAUGUAAUGUAAUGUUUUUGAGUACCUCAGGUUCAUGUAGUACAAUGUGUCUGAGUACCUCAGGUUCAUGUAGUACAAGGUGUCUGAGUACCUCAGGUCCAUGUAGUGUAAUGUUUCUGAGUACCUCAGGUUCAUGUAGUACAAGGUGUCUGAGUACCUCAUGUUUAGGUAGUACAAGGUGUCUUGAUUACCUCAGGUUUUUGCAACUUUAAAAUUGAUAAACAUCCAUUUCAUUGAAUAAUACAAGGUUGUUCAAAUGUUUAAUAAUUCCGUCAACUUUAAGGACAUUAAGAAAGAACACUACACUUUAAUACACUCUGACAUUCAUUAAUUAUCGGAAAUAAAAUACGAUUUUUAAGUCGUCUUUUAAUUUCCAUGUUUAUUGGGAAGUCCUGUAGUAUUUGAUUGUAGUACCUCGACCCUCACUUAGAUCUUGUACGAUAGAGUUGAUAGUUUAUAUGAAUAUUCACCCCCCCCUCCAACCUUCAAAUUUUUCAUUGUUUUUCCUGAAAAUUUUCCCAGAAAAUUGAAAUGUACAAUGUAUGUAAAAUUUAUUUAUCAUUUAGUUUUUAGAGAUGUCACCCCGUCACAAGAUGUUUGUUAAAAGUGAAUUUUAAUAAAUCUGUUUAUAAGACUGAA